AGGGUAUGUACGCAUUUAUUACUGCAUGACGACAGCUUCUCCGAUGAGCUGCACUUCCGUUCCUCCAAUGCAGUGCUUUCCGUCGUUUGCGGAGGCGCCAAACCCCGCCCAUGCCCUUCCUCUGGCGAUGCUUCCAUAUGACGCACCUCAUUAUCACCUUCAGACUGACCACGAUCACAACUAGACACGGACCUUCUCUGAUCCUGAGCUUCCUCGGACGUACGCAAUACCUCUGAUUAAGAGUUUAAACACCUCUUCAUCUCCCGUCCACCUUCAGAUCCACAUUCCAAAAUGGCUGCGCCGCGGAGAGAUGUUCACAACCACGUCCUCUUUGAGGUCGCAACAGAAGUCGCCAACCGAGUAGGCGGUAUCUACAGUGUGCUUAAAUCAAAGGCCCAGGUCACCACUGCCGAAUAUGGAUCAUCAUAUACGCUCCUCGGACCGCUCAACCGCGCAUCGGCAGCUGUCGAAGUAGAAGAGAUUGAGCCGAAAGACCCUGCUCUGGUCAAGACCAUUGCGAGCAUGAAGGAGCGCGGUAUUCAGACCCUAUACGGUCGGUGGUUGAUUGAUGGCGCACCACGUGUGCUCCUCUUCGACACAGGCACCGGUUACUACAAGCUCGACGAGUGGAAGGGUGACUUGUGGUCCACUGCGGGAAUUCCCAGCCCAGCAGACGACCACGAGACCAACGAGGCUAUUGUCUUUGGAUAUCUAGUUGCCUGGUUCUUGGGCGAGUACGUCGCUCACGAAAAGGAGCGCGCCGUCAUCGCCCAAUUCCACGAGUGGCUCGCUGGUGUGGCUCUACCUCUCUGCAAGAAGCGGAAGAUCGACGUCACUACCAUCUUCACCACUCACGCCACCCUGCUUGGUCGAUACCUCUGCGCUGGAUCCGUCGACUUCUACAACAACCUACAACACUUCGAUGUCGACGCCGAGGCCGGCAAGCGUGGUAUCUACCACCGUUACUGCAUCGAGCGCGGAGCUGCCCACAGCGCCGAUGUCUUCACCACCGUCAGCCACAUCACCGCAUUCGAGAGCGAGCAUCUUCUGAAGCGCAAGCCGGAUGGCGUUCUGCCCAACGGAUUGAACGUCAAGAAAUUCUCCGCGACGCAUGAGUUCCAGAACUUGCACCAGACCAACAAGGAGCGCAUCAACGAUUUCGUUCGAGGUCAUUUCUACGGACACAACGACAUUGACCCGGAAAAGACUCUUUACUUUUUCACCGCCGGACGAUAUGAGUACCGCAACAAAGGUGUCGACAUGUUCAUCGAGUCGUUGGCGCGCCUCAAUCAUCGCAUGAAAUCUUCAGGUUCUGACGUCACCGUUGUUGCGUUCAUCAUCAUGCCUGCGCAGACGACCUCGCUUGCCGUAGAGGCUCUCAAGGGUCAAGCUGUCGUCAAGUCUCUUCGCGACACUCUCAGCAACAUUGAAAAGAACAUUGGCAAGAAACUUUUCGACAAGUCGAUCGCGUGGCACGAAGGUCAGAACAUUCCGGACGAGAAGGACCUCCUGAGCCCUCAGGACAAGAUCAUGCUUCGUCGUCGGUUGUAUGCCAUGAAGCGGAGCACGCUGCCUCCGAUUGUGACCCACAACAUGGUCAAUGACGCGGAGGAUCCCAUUCUGAACCAGAUCCGACGCUGCCAACUUUUCAACCACCCGACCGACCGCGUCAAGGUCGUCUUCCACCCCGAGUUCUUGUCAUCGGGUAACCCUGUCCUGCCCAUGGACUACGACGACUUUGUCCGCGGCACGCACAUGGGUGUGUUCAGCUCCUACUACGAGCCCUGGGGUUACACUCCCGCCGAGUGCACCGUCAUGGGUGUUCCCAGCAUCACCACCAACCUGUCUGGUUUCGGCUGCUACAUGGAGGAGCUGAUCGAGAACGCGUCCGACUACGGUAUCUACAUCGUCGACCGUCGCUCCAAGGGCGUCGACGACUCUGUCAACCAGCUCACCGAUUACAUGUUCGAUUUCACCCGCAAGUCUAAGCGCCAGCGUAUCAACCAACGUAACCGUACCGAGCGUCUUUCGGACUUGCUCGACUGGAAGCGUAUGGGCCUGGAGUAUGUCAAGGCCCGUCAGCUUGCACUUCGCCGUGCGUACCCCGACUCGUACACCGACCGCGACGACGAGCCUGGUUUCUUCGACGGCACCGAGGGUCAGAAGAUCUCACGGCCGUUGUCUGUCCCUGGUUCUCCCCGUGAGCGCAGCGGCAUGAUGACCCCCGGUGAUUUCGCAUCGCUGCAGGAGGGCCGUGAGGGUCUGAGCACGGAGGACUACAUUGCAUGGAAGUUGCCCGAAGAGGAGGAAGUCGAAGACUACCCAUUCCCGCUCACUCUCAAGGCGAAGAAGAGCGUCGACGGCAACAGCGGCACCACGACCCCGACACACAAUGGCAGCAACGGCAACGGCACCGCCCUCCCACUACGAUAGGUGGAUUCGAGUUGCAUCGAUAUCGACCAGUUGUAGACGGACGAGGAAAAGAGACCGAGAAUGAGAGACCGGCAACAACGAAUGGAAGGGAAAAAAGAUUGAGAGAGUGCAGGCGAUCACAUUACGAUCGUGAAUAAAAAGCAGAGACAAGGCAGGGAGAGGGUAUGGGAAUUCCUCUCUGAAUUCGUGUUAGAUGAUUUCCUUUUUUUUGGACCCGCCGAUGGGCGUCGUCUGUCUGUUCCUCGUGUAUAUGUACAUAUCUUUCUUUCCUAUGGCAUAUGCGUAUGUCGAUGAACGAAUGUCAGAAAUCUUCCUCAAACGAAGGAUGGCUCCUCUAUGCGUCGCAGUCCGUUCGAUG